CAAUUACGCUGGCGCUCCCGUAGAAUUGUAGAGACUAGAGAGAGAUCUUCAAUUCUUGGGAUUAAAUGGGGACAAAUGGCAACCCUUGUUUGUAAUCUGCGAUCGGUGUUCGCAACUUCAGCUUUCACUCAGUCCGGAGCUUCAAUUUCUUGGAAUUCGAGGGUUCUCCUUCACCAUUUGCCUUUCCUUCCCCGGCGUGCUCAGGUCGUCCGAAGUCGCAGGAACAUGGCUGAUGAAGGCCAAAUCUCCCCAGUGAUUCCACAGCAGAGAGUUUUAAUAGAGAAUAGCCACGGUGAAAAACUUGUUGGAGUGCUACACGAUACAGGUUCUAAGGAGCUUGUAAUCUUGUGCCAUGGAUUUCGAUCCUCCAAGGAAUACGAUACUUUGAUGAAUCUUGCUGCUGCUUUAGAGAAAGAAGGAAUCAGUGCCUUCCGCUUUGACUUUGCAGGGAAUGGGGAAAGUGAAGGUUCAUUUCAGUACGGACACUAUCGCAGAGAAGCUGAGGAUUUGCGUGCUGUAGUUGUACAUUUUUCUGGGGUUAAACAUCGAAUCAGUGCAAUUGUUGGCCAUAGUAAAGGAGGAAAUGCGGUGCUCCUGUAUGCUUCUAGGUACCCUGAUGUCCAUACGGUUGUCAAUGUUUCGGGGCGGUUUAAUCUGGAAAGAGGUAUUGCGGGUCGCCUGGGUAAAAAAUUCAUGGAGAGAAUCAAGAAAGAUGGAUUCAUCGAUGUUAAGGACAAUACAGGCAAAGUUGAGUACCGUGUGACAGAAGAAAGUCUAAUGGAUCGCCUGACCACUGAUAUGCGUGCAGCAUGCCUUUCAAUUCCAAGAGAUUGCAGGGUAUUGACUAUUCAUGGUUCUAAGGAUGAAAUUGUGCCAGCGGAAGAGGAGGCCAUGGAGUUUGCCAAGGUCAUACCCAACCACAAACUUCACAUUAUAGAAGGAGCUGACCACGGAUACGCUGCACAUCAAGCUGAGUUAACUUCGAUUGUGCUUGAGUUCAUAAGGGCAGGGAUGCAGCAAGAGAAGGAUAUUCCUAACCAGGUAUCAUCACGCCCGAGAGCAGAUAAUGAUAUCCAUCCACGAUUCUGACGUGGCUUCAAUAUUUAUAGGAUUAAGAACCCAUGGGAAAAUCAAGGUGGAAGAUGCCAAUGCACCAGGAGGCACUUGAGAUUUCCCUUGGACUCAGUGAGGCCAUGAUUCAGUUCCAUCAUUUGGCUUUCAACAUUCUCCACCUUGUUGUAAUGGGGUUUAUAGAUUUGGGUAAUGUUAGGUGUAUUGAACAUUACCAUUACAGAUGAAGAUUAAUGGCAUGUACUUGUUGCUAAAUGUCAGUUCCAAAUUAGCAUGACCUAGCACAUCAGAAUGAAUUCAUUUUUUUUCUUAA